AUGGCUGCAGCAAAAAUCUGCGCAGCACUGGAGCAGCAGCAGCUGCUGCAGCAGAAGCAGCUGCAGGAGCAGCAGCUGCUGCAUCAGCCUCCUGCAGUGCUGCUGCUGCUGUCAGUGGGAAGGCUGGGAGUUGCUUUCGCAGCAGCAGCUUUUGCAACAGUAGCAGGAGCUUUAGUGACAGCUAGUGCAGCAGCAGCAGCACCAGCAACAGACUCUGCAGCAGCAGCAGUCUCAGCAGUUGCAGGGAUGCCAGUCCAGCAGCAGCAGCACC